GCAGGGAGUUGAUUGACACCGUACUCAGGUUGUUCGCGGAGGCGGGGCAGGAGCCGGAGCCAUAGAGGCGCAGGAUCCCAGAGCGGAUGCAGAGUUGUUGCCGGAAGUCGGCUGGCCUCAUCCUGGCGGGGUUCGGCGGGAAGAUGGCGGCGGCGGCUGUGGCGGCGGCGACGCUGACGCAGGGCCUGGAGCGCGUCCCGGACCAGACCGGGUACCUGGUCAUCUGCGACGGCGCCGUGCUGGCGUCGGCAGGAGACCUGGAGAACGAUGAGCGAGCGGCAGGGGCGAUCUCAGAGCUGGUGCGCACGGCCUGCGCCUUCCGCCUUCCCCGCUGCCCGGAGGUGCCCUUCCGCCGCAUCUCAGUGGUGUUUGGGGAGCACUCCUUCCUUGUGACCAUCUCAGGACAGAAGCUCUUUGUGGUGAAGAGGCAGAACAGCAUCCGAGAGCCUGUGGCCGUCUGAGCAAGAAUCGGUGUCUCUUGGUGGGACUCUGGAAAUUUUGGGGUGGCAGGAAGCGGGAGCAGAGCCCCUUCCUUCCUUCCUUCCUUCCUUCCUUCCUUCCUUCCUGCCAUACGCAUCUCCCCUGUUCGUGUGAACACCAGUUGGAGGGUUCACUAAGAAAUUCAUGAUCGUUGCUGUCUGGGGCUAUGCACUCAUUGUGGGGAUUGGGGUAUAAAAAAAGUGGAGUGCUGGCCGCUGUAUCAUGUGGAAUAAAUAAAUAAAGCACUCA